GGAGGAGGACCCUGGGCCGCUGCCUGACAGGCAUGGACAGUUCGCCGGGCCCGGGACUGAGGACCGCGAACCGCUCGCCUCUUCGCGGCGCCGCGACCAGGGCUGUGAUUCUGGCUACCAGGACCUUCCGGGGGUGCCCUACCGGCCAAACCCACUCGGCAGCUCUCUUUUCGGGCAUGCGGCGGGCGCAUCCCGGGGAGGGGUCUGCGGGACGGAGGCCCGUGCUCGGUCGGGCCGCCCACUCCGGUCCCCAGCGAGCUGGCGCGCGAGCUUGAGGGUGGGGGAGCCGGAGCUCAGUGUGGGGCCGGGGCUGGAGCCUGGUGCAGGCCCAGCUGCUGUUGUGUCUUUUCCUUGAUUUGCUUUUUUUUUUUUUUUUUUUUUUUCCUGCCUGUGUCAUUUCCUUCCCUUUGCUCACACUGUGAGUUCCCGGGGCUUUGCUCUGGAGCUCGGUGCGCUCCCCUGCGCAGGGGGGAGGGUAUGCGGGGGAUCCACUGCGACGCUAUUCGACGCGGAUCCCUGUUAGCAAUAGCAGGCUUGAGAAAUGCGAGCUGCGCUCCUCACAGAUUACUGAAGUUAAGAAUCGUUAAACGCUGUGGGUUAUAACUCAGACCCUACUUUUGGAAAAAAAUCCGGCUCUUAUCCAGUGCUAUCCCUGAAACUAUGUAACUUUUGAAGGAGGCAUUCGCUACAUAAAAGAAUCACUAUGAAAUCAUUUCCUUUUUGUCAGUAUUUGUAAUUCUGCUGUGAAGAUAUAAUCUAAGAAAAGUUUUUUAAUGUCUUCUACACAGUAUUUGAGCUGAAUAAAAUAUAUAUUUCGCAUAAUUUUGGUAUUUUACCAAAAGACUUGGACUUAGCUAAGGAAUGUGUGACACUUUAAAUAUAUUUUGCUUCUCCACUUGGGGAAGGUAUUGUGAUGCUCUUGUUCCUGGUCUCAAUCAAGUUUUGCAAAAAUAUUUAGUAUUAUCUUAAAUCAGAAAGGGAUAAAAUUCUCCUUCGCAGAAGCACUCAUUGCUUGUUUGAGUGCGCCAUAUGAAGAUGGAAUGUUAAUGCUUGUUUUGCCCUAUAGUAAGCUCAAGUCAUUUUUAUAAGGGUUUAGUGGAUGCAGUCGCACAUUAGCCAGAUACUCGAUUGGAGCUCCUUACUCUGGCUUUAAAUUAAUUGCUUUAUUCUUGCUUUGUUCUUUUUCACUCUGCCCCUCAUACAGUAUGGAGAGAAUUUGUUCAUUUGGUGGGUUUUCUGUUCCCUUUCCAUGCUGUAUUUCAGAGUUUUUUUCUACAGAGCUCUCAUCUGAGACACACAAACGGAACCUAUGCUGGACAUCAAACCUAAGCCUUAUGAAUGCUAGGCAAGCACUUUGCCAUUGAGAUGAACAAGAGGCAUUAGACUCAAUCAUGAAGGACCUGGUGGCCCUCCAGAUGAGCCGACGUCCCCGGGUGUCUGGAUAUGAGACCAUGAAGAACAAGGACACAGGUCACCCAAACAGGCAGAGUGACGUCAGAAUCAAGUUUGAACACAAUGGGGAGAGACGAAUUAUAGCAUUCAGCCGGCCUGUGAGAUAUGAAGAUGUGGAACACAAGGUGACAACGGUCUUUGGGCAGCCUCUUGAUUUGCAUUAUAUGAAUAAUGAGCUCUCCAUCCUGUUGAAAAACCAAGAUGAUCUCGAUAAAGCAAUUGACAUUUUGGAUAGAAGCGCGAGUAUGAAAAGCCUUAGGAUACUACUGUUAUCCCAAGACAGAAACCAUACUAGUUCCUCUCCCCACUCUGGAGUGUCCAGGCAGGUUCGGGUCAAGCCUUCCCAGUCUGCAGGGGAUAUAAAUACCAUCUACCAAGCUCCUGAGCCCAGAAGCAGGCACCUCUCUGUCAGCUCCCAGAACCCUGGCCGAAGCUCUCCUCCCCCUGGUUAUGUACCUGAGCGACAACAGCACAUUGCCCGGCAGGGAUCAUAUACGAGCAUCAAUAGUGAAGGUGAAUUCAUCCCAGAGACCAGCGAGCAGUGCAUGCUAGAUCCCCUGAGCAGUGCCGAAAAUUCCUUGUCAGGAAGCUGCCAAUCCUUGGACAGGUCAGCAGACAGCCCAUCUUUCAGGAAAUCACAAAUGUCCCGAGCCCGGAGCUUCCCAGACAACAGAAAGGAAUGCUCGGAUCGGGAGACCCAGCUCUAUGAUAAAGGAGUUAAAGGCGGAACCUAUCCCAGGCGUUACCAUGUAUCUGUGCAUCAUAAAGACUACAAUGAUGGCAGAAGAACGUUUCCCCGAAUACGACGGCACCAGGGCAACCUAUUCACUCUGGUGCCCUCAAGUCGCUCCUUGAGCACAAAUGGCGAGAACAUGGGUGCCGCUGUGCAGUACUUGGACCCCCGCGGGCGCCUACGGAGUGCAGACAGUGAAAAUGCCCUCACUGUGCAGGAAAGAAGUGUGCCAACCAAGUCUCCUAGUGCUCCCAUCAAUUGGCGUCGGGGGAAGCUCCUGGGUCAAGGUGCCUUCGGCAGGGUCUACUUAUGCUAUGAUGUGGACACAGGACGUGAACUUGCUUCUAAGCAGGUUCAGUUUGACCCAGAUAGUCCUGAGACUAGCAAGGAGGUGAGUGCUCUGGAGUGCGAGAUCCAGUUGCUGAAGAACUUGCAGCAUGAGCGCAUCGUGCAGUACUAUGGCUGCCUGCGGGACCGUGCUGAGAAGAUCCUCACCAUCUUUAUGGAGUAUAUGCCAGGGGGCUCUGUAAAAGACCAGUUGAAGGCCUACGGAGCUCUGACGGAGAGUGUGACCCGCAAGUAUACACGGCAGAUCCUGGAGGGCAUGUCCUACCUGCACAGCAACAUGAUCGUGCAUCGUGACAUCAAGGGAGCCAAUAUCCUCCGAGACUCGGCUGGGAAUGUGAAGCUUGGGGAUUUUGGGGCCAGCAAACGCCUGCAAACCAUCUGCAUGUCAGGGACAGGCAUGCGCUCUGUCACUGGCACACCCUACUGGAUGAGUCCUGAAGUCAUCAGUGGCGAGGGCUAUGGAAGAAAGGCAGAUGUGUGGAGCCUGGGCUGUACCGUGGUGGAGAUGCUGACAGAGAAACCACCUUGGGCAGAGUAUGAAGCUAUGGCUGCCAUUUUCAAGAUUGCCACCCAGCCUACCAAUCCUCAGCUGCCCUCUCACAUCUCAGAACACGGCAGGGACUUCCUGAGGCGCAUAUUUGUGGAAGCUCGUCAGAGACCCUCGGCUGAGGAGCUGCUCACACACCACUUUGCACAGCUAGUGUACUGAGCUCUCAAGGCUAUGCUGCUGCCAGCUGCCACCUGCUGAGCAGGCGAGGGGCUGCUGUCCGGCGCAGUGAAGUUGCUGCUUCUCCCAGGCAAGGCUAUGGACCAGUGGAGUGUCCCAGCCAUUGUCUGUCUGUGCCCCAUCUGCCGCUGGGACUCAAAGCCAGGAUCUGGCAUCAAGACUGGGAGCUCCAGCCUGUAAGACCCAAGAGCUUUGACAUCCUAAGCUCAGUGUGGCAGGAAGGGCUGGGACCAGUAUGUAAGACUGCCAUGGGUCCUGCCUGCCCUCAGAUGUGUCCUAACACUGCAGACAGCACUGAAGUCAAGAGGGACUAGGCACAGGACCUACUCAAGGGUAUGAAUAGUGUUACUUCAUCCAGAGUGUUACUUUGUUUCUCUCCCAAUGUUUGGAGACCACCAGAGAAUCUCUGGGCUGCAUGAGCCCACACAAGCCUGAGGUAAAGCCCAGCGUCCCCCAGCAACAGGAGGUAGAGGUUUGGGCUGCCCCACUAAGCUUCCAGGUAUGCUGUGUCAGUCCUGUCUUACCAAAGAUGAAUGAAGCAAACGCUAUGCUGCCUUAUCCUGGGAAGGAGGAGCUACCCCAAUAAGCAGGGCCUGAGAAGCGGGGCUGCCUCCAGUAACUGGGGAGACCCAGUCUUGUCAAUGCAAUUGUCUCUGUUUUACAGGUUGGAGUCACUCUUAUGCUGUUCCCAGUUUUGAAACUGGAGACUUUGCCCUCUGAGCUCUGGAGACCCAUGUGGGCUUAGGCCUUGGACUGGAUGGGAAAGAGCUGAUGGCCUCCACCCCUGGCCUGCCAUCUGUUCCCUCACUGGAGCAGAGAAAGUAGACAACACAAGUUAGGGCACCUGGCUCUGGGCAACUCAGCAAAGUGCAGGGGGGUCUCUCAGGCUAUCUACAUCUCAAAUCUGUCAGGCCUGAGCCCACUCCAUGGGGCAGAAAGUCCUUGUGCUGCCACAACCAUGUCCAAAACCACCAGCUGUGUUCCUUAGCCCUCCUUGUCCACUUGUCAUCAGCCUCAUUUCCUUGUUCCUCCCACAGGGGAGGAUGCCAGCAGGGGUUAGGGAAAAAGUUAUCUCCGAGCAGCUUAGAGUUGGCCAUAUUUACCUCAGCCUGGGUGCUGGUCCUUUCUUCCAGCCCCUUUCUUCCCCUCCAAAUGUGCCUAUUGCUAGAGCUCCUCCCUCCUGAUUCCCAAGUUUCUUGGGAAUUAUCAUUAAAGAAAAAAAAAAAAAGCCAGUGCCCAGGUGGGCAUCUCCAGGGAGCUGGGGAUCAGUGCCAGGCAUCUCUUUGCCAGCCAUGCCCACGUCCCCAUGGGCACAGAACAAGCCAAAGCCUUCGUUGUCUGUUGACGAUGCACUUUUAUGAAUGUAGUUCCUAUCGCUGUUUUUAGCCUUUUCCCAUCAUGUAAUGUGAGGCCUUGUACUUGUUAAUUUAUAUCUCAGAUCCAUAUUUGAUGGUUUUUAUAUAUAUCAAUUCUAGACUGUUACCGGUGAUGGACUCCUGAAGAGAGAACAGAAAUUGAAAGCAGCUGGUUUUGCAGAUAUGUGUGUUGCACGGUGCCAAUUGGGCCUGGGCCCCUUUGUUUUAUUUCCUUUCCCUUGGGGGUCUGUUAGGCCACUCUCUAACUGCUCUGAAGCCAGUGAGCAAAGUCCUGCUUCCACCUCAGCCUUUGCCCAAAGUAGGGACUGGCCCCCUCUUCUAGACCAAAGCUGCCAAAAGGCAGCUCGGCCUCUCCAUGACCCCAUCCUGCUGGCUAUGUAGCACCCCUUAGCCUAUCCCUAUCCACACCCCCAAACCUAGAGGAAAUAGAGCUUGGUGGGCUGACAAGAUGUUAGAUGAGACAACUCUGCUUGUCACAGGUUCAGGCUCUCACAGAGCUCCUCCCCCAUUCCUCCCCUUGGGGGAGCUUAUUACCUCAUAGGGAAUGUUUCUAAAGUGAACUUAAAAGUAAGUCAACAAAUCCUGCACUCCAAAGGAAAAAAAAAAAGACCCUUUUUUUUUGUGCCAAAAACUGUGGACAUGCUGGUUCAGCAUCCUCAGGACCAAAGCUAUUAAUUUAUUUUCUCUUAUUAACAAAUUUAAAAGAGAAUUGUGGGCCUCCAGGAUGGCCUGGACCCAAAGGUUAUGAAGGACAGUUUCCUAGCAGCCCUUGGCUUGCUGUGCAAAGAUUCUGUGCCACCAUUUGUUCUUCAUUCCAUGGGGUUUAUCUGCCUUUGCCAACCCCAUAUGGAAGGGCCAGGCCUGGGUCAGGUGCAUGCCGCCCGCCACCCUCCUGCCCCUCCCACUCACCCAGCUCUGUGUGCGUCUGAAUUGUGGAUUGUGCAGAAGAACCUGCAGGCAUAGUUAUUGACUAUAUCGUGACUGAGGGCUUGCAGUGCAAAGCCAGGCCAGUGCAUUACUUAACAAUAAAAGGGAUCAUUUAUAUCAGAA